AUGCGUGCUUUUGGCAUGCCGGUAUCGCGUCGCCCGAAUAUCCGACGCCAGGUUUGCACUAGACUAAACGGCAGCCUAGUGGGACUCCUGGAGACGUCACGGGUACGUUAUAGCACCGGUGACGUCACGGGUACGUCAUGGCAAUACGAGGCGGGGCGCGUCGGGCCCCCAGCACUUGGCGCAUCGCCAUGCUUAGUGGCAGAGCAGCCGGGCGAGAGCACGAGAAUAUCCAAAGCGAUAGCCGGGCGGACU